UGUGAUCCCGCUCUGCUGUUUCCCUGUGCGCGUAGCCGGUCGGGAAAGCGCUCGUAACCGCAUUCGACAGCCUGAGUCAGUGUAGUGUAGUAAAAUGAUGUAAAGAUGGCGGAGUUACAAAUGCUUUUGGAGGAAGAGAUUCCAGCAGGUCGGAGAGCGUUACUGGAUAGUUUUACGAACCUCGAAAGAGUUGCCGAAUACUGCGAAAGCAAUUACGUCCAGUCCCAAGAUAAGCACAGAGCCCUAGAAGAGACUAAGAACUACACCACCCAGUCCCUGGCUAGCGUGGCCUACCUGAUCAACACCUUGGCUAACAAUGUCCUUCAGAUGCUGGACAUCCAGGCCUCUCAGCUCUGCCGCAUGGAGUCCUCCAUCAAUCACAUCUCCCAGACAGUGGACAUCCACAAGGAGAAGGUGGCAAGGAGAGAGAUCGGAAUUCUGACAACCAAUAAGAACACAUCUCGCACCCACAAAAUCGUUGCUCCGGCCAAUCCAGAGAGGCCAGUCCGUUACAUCCGUAAAUCCAUCGACUACAACGUGCUGGAUGACAUCGGUCACGGAGUCAAGUGGUUGCUAAGGUUUAAGAUCAGUAGUCAGAAUAUGAAGAUGGGUGCCGGUCUACCUCGGACCACCCCCCCGACCCAGAAACCCCCCAGUCCCCCUAUACCAAUGAAGGGCACCAUUGGGCGCCACUCCCCCUACAGGACACUGGAGCCAGUGCGACCCCCUGUGAUUCCUAACGACUAUGUCCCCAGUCCCACACGAAACCAGGCCCCGCCCAACUUCAACACCAUCCAGCAACAGAGUCCUGUACGCACCGCCUCAGUUCACCCACGGACACGCACCUACAGCAGUGGCAGUAGUGGUGGCAGUCAUCCCAGCAGUGGCAGCAGCAGAGAGAACAGCGGAAGUGGUUCUUUUCCCAUCGCUGUUCCAACACCCUCCCCUCCUGGUGGCUUCCCAGCCUCUGCUCCUGUGGCUUCAGUCGCCACUCCUCCUGCUGCACCUAACACCUCUCCACCUUCCUCCUCCUGUACUGCCACCUCCUCCACCCCGGCCCAAUCCCCUCAGUCUGCGCCGGCAGCUGACUACACCCCUAACUCCGCCCCUAACACAGAGGCCCAAUCAGCUGUGGCUGAGGAGCCCCCUCCCUCCCAGUCCCCUCCCACUGCUUCAGCUGCUGCCACCUGUGUAGAAGGUGUGGUUCCUCAGUUCUACAGUAUGAACCGACCGGUCCCCAGACAGAUGAGCCCCCCCGUGGGGGGGUCGCUGCCAUACCGCCGCCCACCGUCCGUGACGGGACAGCCCCUCAUUAACGCCCCUGUACCCCAGAACCAGCUGAACGGAGGUCCUCACUACCAGCAGACCCCAGGUUCCCUGGCCCCCCCUCCCCCCUCCGUCCUCCAGAUUACCCCCCAGCUUCCUCUGAUGGGUUUUGUUGCUCGAGUUCAGGAGACCAUCUCAGAUGCACCUCCUCCUCCAGCUCCUACAGAUGAACCUGUGUUUGAGGAGGCAGUGUCCCCGGUGCCCCCACCUCCUCCUGGGGACUAUGAGGAUGAGGAGUCAUCCAUGGUGGAGUACAGUGACCCCUAUGCUGAGGAGGACCCUCCAUGGGCCCCACGCACCUACCUGGAGAAAGUGGUGGCGAUCUAUGACUACACGGCCGAUAAAGACGACGAGCUGUCCUUCAACGAGGGCGGUAUAAUCUACGUCAUCAAGAAGAACGACGACGGUUGGUACGAAGGAACGAUGAGCGGGACCACUGGCCUCUUCCCUGGGAACUACGUGGAGUCCAUCAUGCACUACGCCGAAUGAGGCCACGCCCACCUGCCCUGCCACGCCCCCGGCACAAAGGGGGCGGUGUUCAUGACGCAACCGAAACCUCAUGUUGUAGGUGCACAUUCCCGCGAUGUGAUUGGCUGGAGGACAGGAGUGAAGAUGUUCUGGGAGAAGGUUGAGGAUGACUCUUUUGGGAGGAGGGGACAUGGGAGAGAUCAAAGGUUGAGGGAUUGAGGAGAAGAGGCGAUCGAGGAGGAAUGGGAGAGGAGGAAUGGGAGAGGAGAAUGGGAGAGGAGAAUGGAGACUUUGGGCUUCUUUUCUGAUUGCUAUUUGUAAGCACAGAGUGAGGUGCUACUCUUCAGUACACUAUUGAACAUACAGCUGUAAUAAUUUCUGCAAAUAACAACCGUUAAUGACAACUGAUGAAGGACAAACUGCUGUGGUCAAAUGAAACAACCGCUGUGUUCUAAUCCCGGUGUUCAGACUCCGCCCCAAAGGAGAAGUGAUCACUGUGGUUACGGUUAUUUUGUUAACUCCAUCUUUGUUUGUUUUUGGCCGUGUGUACGUGGUGUGUCCCUGAGUUGUCAGGGGUCCCGUACAUGGAAAAUGGACAAGAUCAGGAUGAAGGGCCUCGUUAUAAACCAGGUUAAAUCCUGGCAUGUUGCGGUGGUGGACAGGCCAGGCUGAGAGGCAGUGUUUUUACACAUGCAGCUCAUUUCAGAUAUCCUUCCACUGAUCGGUCUUCAGACCAGCCACAGCAGACAUGCCUAUGUUAACGCAGCUUCUGGCUUUCCGACGUGAAAAGGUUUUAGUAUGUUUUAUUGCUCUUUAGUUCCGGGUUCUGUAUAUUGUAUAGUAGUGGAUUUAAUUCUAACCAAAUGUUCGAGUUGUGUUAAUGUUGUGUUUGUAACGCUACAUAGACUGCAUGCUGAAAUAAUAAAAAUUGAUUGUUCAGUUUC